CAAAUCGUCGCUCUACGUCAUCGGUCGGACGUUAGCAGGACUUAUCGGCGAUAAGGAGGUAUGUCGACUUGACUUUUGAACACACAACACCCCCUGGAUUUCUACAACUAACUCGACUUGUCCCUAAAAGCUUAGCUUGAGGCUUCAGUUCGCUCCUGGAUAAGAUCAUGGACUUACGAGCCGCCCUAAAUCAGCAAUGAAAACUCAUUGCUUCGGCUUCGGAGUUAACAUCAAUAUGAGAACCUAAAAAGCCGCCAUCACCCCUGAUUAUGCUCGUUCAUAGGUAGAAAGUUACCUUGAUUGCGAUCAAACAUGUAUCCUCUCAUCACCCUCGAAGAGCACUUCGUCUCCCCCAAAGUCAGCAGUGCCAGCGCUGAAGCCCGCGCCCAUUACACCAAGUUCCCACCCCAUAUCCUCUCCAAACUCGAGUGUCUCGGCACCGAGCGCAUCUCAGACCUCGACAAGGGAAAUGUAUCCUUACAAGUAAUCUCACACGGCCCAGGCAACAUAUCCGCGCCCGUCUGCGCCGCCGCCAACGACGAUCUCGCCGCCGCCAUCGCGCAGCACCCGACGCGACUAGCCGGGUUCGCGAUGCUCCCGAUGAGCGAGCCCCAAGCGGCAGCCGAGGAACUCGAGCGCUGUGUGACCAAGCUCGGCUUUCUCGGUGCCCUGGUGGAAAACCACCUCGACGGGAAAUUCUACGACGACGAGCGCUUCUGGGUCGUUUUUGAAAGGGCCCAACAGCUAGACGUCCCGGUUUAUAUCCACCCGACGUUCGCGUCGGACUCCAUGCUCGAGCAUUACAAGGGGAACUACGAUGACUCGGUGGCGCUGGCGUUAAGUGCGUACGGCUGGUCCUGGCACGCCGAGACGGGUCAUCAUAUCCUUCGUCUCUUCGCGAGUGGAUUGUUCGACCGGUUUCCGAAGCUCAAGAUUAUUAUCGGACAUAUGGGUGAGAUGUUGCCGUUUCAGCUCGAUCGCGUGUUCACCGUCUCGGAGCGAUGGGGUCGGAAAGAGCGAGGCCUGAGGGAGGUUUGGAGGAGUAAUAUUUGGGUGACGACGAGUGGGAUGUUUUCGCUUCCGCCGCUGCGUUGUUUGUUGGAUGUUAUGCCCAUCGAGCAUGUCUUGUACAGUGUCGAUUAUCCGUUCUCGACGAACGAAAAGGGGCUCGAGUUCUUUGAACAGAUACGACAGAGCGGAUUGAUUGCGGAGGAGGAUUUGGAGUUGUUUGCGUAUCGGAAUGCAGAACAAUUGCUCGGGGUUGAGGUGAAAAAGUAGGAUGUAUUGUUGGGCCUGUUGACUGGAAGUACCAUGUGGUAGCAUGUUAGAGUCAAACGGGGGUAUUGAAGACGCCUUUGUUUCUGUUUGGAGUCAGUAGGGUAUACUAUUACUGCACGAAGAAUCAAUUCCAUAUAGUUCUAUUAGUCUUUAGAGUUUGCAGUUAAAGACAUGGAUACACGUGUUUUCUAACUGCAUACCGAAUAGCAUCCAAUAGAGUUGAAGGACAAUGUCCGAC